UGCCACAAAUAUUUUGUAUUUAAUAUUUAUGUCAGAAUAAUAGAAUAAACCAUAUCUAUUUCAUAAAGAAGCGGUCGUUUAACUUAUAUAAUCAAACGCUAAGUUAAAGUGACACUAACAGGAGUUCGGCAAAUAAAUGAAUCUACAAUACAAAACUAUGGACGCAAGCAUCUUAUAACUUGAUUUUAAACUUGUUUAAGUUGAAUUUAUAAGUCGUCUUCAUGUUGAUCCUAUGCCACAAUUAUUUUCGCGUCACCCAAAAUAACAAGAAUGAUAACGACGACAUCCAGCAUUUCAGUAAAAAGAAGUUUGUGUUCGGAUUGUUCAUCCUUUUGUUGGUUGAUGUAUUGUGGGUGGUGUCAUCCGAGCUGACAAAGUACAUCUAUGUAGAGGAAAAAAUAGAUAGGCCCUUCCUGGUGUCCUACAUACGCAGCUCUUUGUUAUUUGUUUACCUUGUGGGGUUGUGUUUCUCGCCGCCCACCCGGGACCCCUGUAGACCUGCCGAUUACACACAGUUGUUAGAACCCAAUGCUGAGGCAGAUGAGGAUAACUUUUUUACUGAAUCAAACAACAGUCUGGGAGACUCGACAUUUGUGCCUGUCCGCGCCGGAGAGACAACAGACAGUGACGAUGCGACUCCUCGUGCAGUGCGCUUCAACAAAGUGGCUGAGGUACGGGUGAUGUCCGCGGCGAUGGCGGGCGAGGCGCUGCUGGCGCGGCUGUCGUGGGCCGCGUCGGUGCGCGCCAGCGAGUUCGCGCAGCGCCGCGCCGCCGCCGCCGCCACGCGCCGCCACCUGCGCAUGGCGCUCGUGUUCACAGUGCCGUGGUUCAUCUCGAACUACCUGUACCGGCUGUCGCUGCGCAGCGCGCGCACGGGGUCGGCGACGCUGCUGGCGUCGGCGGCGGGCGCGCUGGCGCUGGCGCUGGGCGCGCUGCUGCGGCCCGCGCCUGCCGACCGCCUCACGCCGUGUCGGCUCGCCGGCGCGCUGCUCACCGCGGCCGGCCUGGUGAUGGUCGGAGUGUGGGAGCAGGCGGACUGGGCGGGCGUGCUGGCGGCCCUGGGCGCCGCGCUCACCUACGCGGUGCACCUGUUGCUCAUCCGGCUCGAGAUGCGGAAAGGGGACGGGAUCAACUCGCCGCUGCUAGUCGGUCUGGUGGGGUGCUUGUGCGGGCUGGGCGGCUGGGCGCUGGGCGGCGCGCUGGCGGCGGGCGGCGCCGAGCGCCUGGCGCUGCCCGCCGCGCCCAAGCUGUGCUGGCUGCUGCUCGACGCGCUGCUCGGCCCGCUGUUGCUCGAGUCGCUGUGGCUCUGGGGCCGGUCGCUGACGUCGUCGCACGUGGCGACGAUGGCGCUGUCGCUGACGCUGCCGCUGGGCGCGGGCUGGGACGCGCUGGCGGCGGGCGGCGCGUGGCGGCCCGCCGCGGGGCUGCUGGCCGCCGCCGGCUGGCUGCUGGCCGCCGCCGACCCCGCCGCCGACCCGGCCGCCGUGUGGCUCAGGUCCAGGCUAAGGACGGAUGGCUUCGAGGUAAUAAGAAAUAUCCCAGACCUGGACGAGCAAUCGGAGGCGCUGAUGUCCGCCGACGAGCCGACGUAGCGAGCCUCGCAAACAGUUCGCGCGGACACGUCUUGUUAUGCCUAGUCUGAGCUGAGCAUCCGACCCGCUGCGGUACACCUCACCUGCAUCGCUGGCAGCCUGGUACUUU